UAGAGUUGGACAUCACUCAAACAGUAGCCAGUUCUAUUAACAGCAACAUAUAACAGCACGAAUUAAACGUUAAGUGAACUGAAAAGUGUGACGAAAACCUCUAUCAGCAAACAUGUUUCGAGUACUGUUCUUGAUUGCGCUGGUUCCGGCGUUCGCGUACGGUAAUGUGUCCCGCGCGUGUAGUGGAGGACGCCCGCAACCGACAAACGUGGUCAUUGAAGGAUGUACCGCUCCUCCCUGCAAUCUCGUUCGCGGACAGGAUGUGAUUGGACUCAUCGAUUUUACUACCGAUCGUGCCGUUACCUCGAUGACUACGAUCGCCACCGCGACGGCACUCGGUGUGGUGACCAACUAUCCACUUGGCUCGAACGCCAUCACUUGCAACUUCCUGCAGGGUAGCAGCUGUCCGCUGUCGGCCAACGAGGAUGUUACCUACCGUCUGACCAUGCCGAUCCUGUCGAUCUAUCCGCUCGUUAGCCUGAGCAUUGAGAUCGAUCUCAUCGAUCAGAAUAACAAUUCCGUUAGCUGCUUUGUCGUUGAUGCUCAGGUUGUCACUGCCAGCAAGUGAGAGAUUGCAUCGUGAAGGUUGGAACUGGACAUGAGACGAAAUGUGUGCUAUCGAUAAGAGUAUUAGUUUAGGUUAUGGAUAAGCCAGCUAAAUAAAUAAGCGAUCGUUUAAAAGAAAA